AAUGGUCACGUAAACCAAGGUUUAGGGGAGGAGGAGCUAAGCCCUGCCCCGUCACUAGCAGUAGCUUUUUUGUUUGUGCCCUCUUUUUCCUUCUCCCCCUUUCUCCAGCUCCGUCAUCGUCUUGCGACUGCAUGUCUCUAUCUUCCUCCGUGACUCAGGGAGACAGAACAAAAGAGAGGGAGGAUUUGUGUUGGUGGUAUUCUUGGGAGGAUGAGGAGAGAAAAUACAGUGGGCACAUGCUCUACCGCUCUGGUUUUGCUCCGUGUCCAACAGCUGAGCAAUGACAGCUGACCGUAAUUCUCCAUGACCAAAGCUGGUACUGGAAGAGCCUGAACAAGGCUAAAGACUAAAGAGAGAGCAGCAGAUUGUGUCGGAAUCUUUGCCUUAAUCAUGCAUUGCUCUAAUGGGUUGCAGCCCCUAUCGGAUAGGCUGAGAUUUAGCGUUUACUGCGAGGGAUAAUUGCCCCACCUUCUUCAUCCUUUCUCUCUUUUUUGUUAUAAGGACUGCUCGUGCAGCGGUUUGGUAGGUGGGAAGCCCAUGGAACUCGACGAGCAGGGCUUCUUGGACGAGCUGCUCGGCCCCUUCUUCGCGCCCGGCGAAGCUGACGCCUGCUUCGACUGUUUCCAGCAGAGCCCCGCGGGACUCCUCCCUCCCUGCGCCGGCUAUGAUUACUGCCUGAGCGACGCAGUGUACUCUGCCGCGCCGGAGGUACAGUCCUCGGCGUUCGACGACGUCGAGCGCGGCCAGAGCUCCUGCAAGUCGGAGGCGCCGCCGCCGCCGCCGGUCGCCGGGCUGAGGAAGACGAGGAAGACGAAGCUCGAAGGUGCGCCGUCAAAGAAUCUAAUGGCGGAACGACGGAGAAGGAAGAGGCUCAAUGACCGGCUCUCCAUGCUCAGGUCGAUAGUCCCCAAGAUUAGCAAGAUGGACAGAACUUCCAUUCUCGGGGACACCAUCGAUUACAUGAAGGAGCUACUCGACAGGGUCAAGCACCUGCAAGAGGAGAUGAUCGACCUCGCUCCGGAGCAAGACACUCGUAUUCUACUGAACAUCUUCAAGGAAUUAAACUCGAAGGAGGUCUCGUUCGAUGUCCAAAGAAGAGAGAACGAUACGCGCAUCGGAAUCUGUUGCGCCGCCAAGCCGGGCCUCCUGCUUUCCACCGUGAGCACGCUGGAAGCACUCGGGCUGGACAUCCAACAGUGCGUGAUGAGUUGCUUCAGUGAAUUCGGAAUGCAGGCAUCUUGUCUGGAGGAGAUGGAUCAGAGGGCAGUCCUGAGCGCUGAAGACAUCAAACAAGCACUCUUCAGGAAUGCAGGCUAUGGAGGAAAAUGCUUAUAAGAGAAAAUUGAUAUAUUUAAGUUCAUCUGCUAGCUGUGCAGUAUUGUGGCAUAGUCUUGAGGAAUAUCUGCUAGGCGCGGAAUAUUAAAUUGAUAUAUAUUUAAUAUUUAAGUUCUGAUAGGCCAAACAAGGAUUUGGGAGAGGUGUGUCUUGCCCUUUGGCCUGGUGUUGAAGCAGCUACCUAAUCCCAUACAUCUAUCUAUUUUAUAUUUUCUCUCUUUAUGCU